GAGGCGGGGGCGGCGGGGAGUACGGUGGCCGCGGAGGGUCAGGAUUGGCGCUCGUGAAGCGGCAGGAGCGGGAGCGGCCGAAGGAACCGGCCUGGCGAUCUGCUUGGUCCUGGGAGCGCCAGUCCCCGGCUGCUGCUGCUGCUGCGCCGGGCGGAGUUGGCCAUGUCGCUGCUUCAGUCGGCGCUGGAGUUCCUGGCGGGGCCCGGCUCCCUGGGGGCCGCCAGCCGGGACCAGAACGACUUCGUGGGGCAGGUGGUGGAGAUGGGCGAGAUGAAGCUGCGGAUCAAGAAGGUCAUCGCCGAAGGUGGCUUUGCUUUUGUAUAUGAAGCUCAGGAUGUUGGAAGUGGCAAAGAUUAUGCUUUAAAGAGAUUAUUAUCUAAUGAAGAAGAAAAGAACAAAGCCAUCAUUCAAGAAGUUUGUUUUAUGAAAAAGCUCUCUGGUCACCCGAACGUUGUCCAGUUCUGCUCUGCUGCAUCGAUUGGAAAAGAGGAAUCUGAUACUGGGCAAGGAGAGUUUCUUCUGCUAACCGAGCUUUGCAGAGGGCAAGUGGUGGAAUUUCUGAGGAAAGCUGAAUCCAAAGGGCCCCUCUCGUGCGACACGGUGUUGAAGAUCUUUUAUCAGACCUGCCGUGCGGUGCAACACAUGCAUAAGCAGAAACCUCCUAUUAUUCAUAGAGAUUUAAAGAUAGAAAAUAUGCUGAUGAGUAACCAAGGAACAAUUAAACUGUGUGACUUUGGCAGUGCAACAACCAUAGCACAUUACCCUGACUACAACUGGUCCGCGCAGAAAAGAGCAGCGGUUGAAGAGGAGAUCACAAGGAAUACAACACCAAUGUAUAGGACUCCUGAAAUAAUAGAUCUAUAUUCAAACUUUCCAAUUGAUGAAAAACAAGAUAUUUGGGCAUUGGGUUGCAUCCUCUACCUGUUGUGCUUCAGGCAACAUCCAUUCGAAGAUGGAGCUAAGCUUCGAAUAGUCAAUGGAAAAUAUUCAAUUCCUCAGAAUGACACAAGAUACACAGUGUUUCAUGAUCUCAUUCGAUCGAGUCUGAAAGUGAAUCCGGAAGAGCGGCUGUCCAUCACGGAGCUUGUGAAUCAAUUGCAGGAGAUCGCAGCUGCUAGAAAUGUGAACCCAAAGUCCCCUAUCACAGAGCUCCUUGAACAAAAUGGAGGCUAUGGAAAUAAUGCUCUGCCUAGGACAUCGUCAGCUGUAGUAACACAGAACUCAAAGCCAGCAGGGCAGCUCAACAACAUGUACAAUGCAGGUCUGACGGUAGCCGAAUGUGACCAGACUUACAGCGGAUUCUUUGAUAUUCUUAGGGGCGGGACAGAGAGGUUUCUCACAAAUAUCAAGGACACAUCUUCUAAAGUUAUUCAGUCUGUGGCCAACAGUCCAAGUUAUGCCAAGGGGGAUUUGGAUUUAUCAUACAUCACUUCCAGAAUUGCUGUGAUGUCCUUUCCGGCAGAAGGUGUUGAGUCUGCAAUAAAAAAUAACAUAGAAGACGUGCGGUUGUUCUUAGACUCAAAACAUCCCGGACGCUAUGCUGUCUACAAUCUGUCUCCGAGAACGUACAGACCCUCCAGAUUUCACAAUAGGGUGUCUGAAUGUGGCUGGCCAGCAAGGCGUUCGCCAAACCUUCAAAACCUUUAUAGCAUUUGCAAGAACAUGCAUUUAUGGCUGAAGCAAGACCCAAAGAACGUUUGCAUUGUGCACUGCCUUGACGGAAGAGCAGCAUCAGCCGUCGUCGUGUGUUCUUUCUUAUGUUUCUGCCGUCUGUUCACUACGGCUGAAGCCGCUGUUUAUAUGUUUAGCAUGAAGCGCUGCCCACCAGGCAUUUGGCCAUCCCAUAAGAGAUAUAUAGAGUACAUGUGCGACAUGAUGGCUGAAGAGCCCAUCAUCCCUCACAGCAAGCCAAUCCUCAUCAAGUCCAUUGUCAUGACUCCAGUCCCUCAGUUCAACAAGCAGCGCAAUGGCUGCAGGCCUUUCUGUGAAGUUUAUGUCGGGGACGAAAGAGCAGCCACUACCUCACAAGAAUAUGAUAAAAUGAAGGAUUUUAAGAUGGAAGAUGGCAAAGCUUUGAUCCCGUUAGGCAUAACAGUCCAAGGAGAUGUUCUCAUUGUUAUCUAUCAUGCCAGGUCCACUUUGGGUGGCAGACUCCAAGCCAAGAUGGCAUCAAUGAAGAUGUUCCAGAUCCAGUUUCAUACAGGAUUUGUCCCACGGAAUGCCACUACUGUGAAAUUUGCGAAGUACGAUCUGGAUGCCUGUGACAUUCAAGAGAAAUAUCCGGACUUGUUCCAAGUGAAUCUGGAAGUUGAAGUAGAGCCUUGGGACAGGCCCAGCACUGAGCGAGCCCCCUGGGAUAACUUGAACACCAAGGGUCUAAAUCCCAAGAUCCUUUUCUCCAGCCGGGAAGAGCAGCAAGAAAUAUUAACAAAAUUUGGUAAGCCCGAGCUACCUAGACAACCGGGGUCAACUGCCCAGUAUGAAGCUGAAGCCUCCAAGUCAGAAUCAUCUCCAGAAGGUGCUCCCAUGGAGUCGGACUCCCCGCCCAGCGGCAGUGCGGAGGCAGAUUUCUUCCACACACUGGACUGGCAAGAAGGCAAAAGUUCCGAAGCGGCGCCUGAGGGACCCUUCCCCAAAGAGAGACCUCGGUUGGUGGAGGAAAGGGACGACAGCGAACCUUCUGACGAGGAAUUUGCUGCCUUUCCCAGUGAGGUCAGACCAGUUGAGGAAAUGGUGAAACACGCCCUGGAAAAAGAGGACGGUGAGCCGCUGUUUGAAGCUGAUUUUGACACUCCCACUGGUCAGCCGGAAGAGACUCCCCCAGAAGACAGCGUUGACUUGCUUGGGCUGGAUUCAGAAGCUCCCCCAGAGCUGCUGCAGCCUCCUUCGGAGAUGAAGAGCUCCUCCAGCAACGCAGACUUGUUGAGCGAACUGUUUGUUGGCGGUGCCCCGGAGAGUUCGGAAGAAUCUACCGCGGACCUUCUAGGAGGGGGAGCAGAAUUCUUCUUUGGUGGCCAACCACAGCCCUCUACGCAUCCCCACCAGAGUAGUGCCCCCUCGGCGGGAGCCACCUCUUCUUCUGCAGCUGACCCGUUUGACCCAUUCACAGUCUCCUCGGGUUCCGACAAUCCGACUCUUACUGGCCCCGAUCUAUUUGGUGACUUCCUUAGUCCGAAUGAACCAACCGCACCUGGCACAUUUCCUUCCACACACAGCGCACCACCACCUUCCUCUAGCACAGACUUCCUUAAUUUAGGGAAUUUGACACCAGACCCACCUAAAAUGGCUUCCUCCACAAGCCAGCCUGACCUUCUAGGCGGCUGGGAUUCCUGGGCCGAUGCCCCGGCAAUUAGCAGUGCGGCGCCCACACCACCGAAGAAGUCCACUUUGGAAGGCCCGGCUUUUACGACAGGAGGACCCACAAACGCCACUUCAGGCCUUUCAUUCAGUCAAGCAAAAUCACAGAACUUUGACCCAUUUGCUGACCUUGCUAACCUGAGAACCGGCCUUCCAGGGGCUUCCAGCGGCGGAUUCUCAACCGGCAGUUUUGCUCCAAAGUCCACUCCCUCUCAGAAAGCAGGGAACCAAUGGCAGGCAAGCAAAACGCAACCUGUUGGCACAUCGUGGCAACCCCAGGCACAGCCAAAGGUGCCAGAACAAGCUAAGCCGAGUGCGCAGCCGAAAGCCAACUACACUGUGAAUUUCAGUGUCAUUGGAGGACGAGAAGAGAGAGGCAUCAGGGCACCUGGCUUUGGACAAAAACCCAAAGUUUCAGAAAACGAUUUUGAGGAUCUUUUGUCAAAUCAAGGGUUUGCAGCUAAAACCGACAGAAAAGGACCAAAGACCAUUGCUGAGAUGAGAAAGCAAGAAAUGUCUAAAGAUAUGGACCCUCUGAAACUAAAGAUUCUAGAUUGGAUUGAUGGAAAAGAGAGGAAUAUAAGAGCUUUAUUAUCUACUCUUCACACUGUGCUUUGGGAAGGCGAGACCAAAUGGAAGCAGGUCGGCAUGGCUGACCUGGUUACCCCAGAUCAAGUCAAGAAGUACUAUAGGAAGGCAGUGCUUGUCGUACAUCCAGAUAAGGCCACGGGGCAACCUUACGAACAAUACGCCAAAAUGAUCUUCAUGGAACUGAGCGACGCGUGGUCAGAAUUUGAAAACCAAGGAUCAAAAUCACUUUUCUAAGAUGCUCCCUUUUUGAAAGCGGGGGUGGAUUUCAAAAUGUAUUUGCAGCAAAAACCGAAUCUUCCGAGUGCUGUUCUAGUGUCGCCUCCUUGGAUCGAGGAGGGGAGGGGGGCAGGGAACGCUUCCCGGUUCUUGCACACUUUGAAUCUAUACACUCUCACAAACAGGGUGUGUCUUGUAGGACACAGCGCACAGAUGGCACUUUGGGUCCAUCGACACUCGGAAGGUGGUGCCCUGAGAGUGGAAAGUUCCAAGCCAUCUGAGAGAGGGUUUGAACACACGUGUAAUUUUAAUGAUGGCGGCUAGCGUGGGCAAGAUUUUCUGUGGGAAGCAUCAUCCAUUUCAAAUCCCUUUUGUGUGUGUGUGUUUUUGUGUUCCCUUCGUUUGAGGAAACACCCAACCUCAAUUUGCAUUUCUCUUUCCCCCUCUAUGUAGUCUUUAUGAUUUGUCUUGGUUGUUUUUUUGUUUUUGUUUUCCCCUUUUUAAAUUUACAUGUUUGCCUUAUUCAAAGUGCUUUAGUUUACCUUAUCAGCUGUGAGUUUGCUCAGCAUCUCUUUUCUGGUUUCUGUGCGAGGUGUACAUUUUUCUUUGGUAUUUCAUGUAAUCAUUCCGGUAAUCAUUCUGUAAAUAAUUAAAACAUUUUUUUCUGACAACA